GAAGUGGUUUGUUUUAGUUUUGGGUUUGGCGAUGCUGUAAACAACAAAGAACCCACUCAUAAUGCUCGAGUCAGACGACAAACGACCCUCAACCAGUUCACCACUCUCUUCAUUCUCAUCUACUGGGGACGAGGACAAACACGACAAGGGUAUAGAGAGCGAAAGCGAGCUGAUCGUCCCCGUUCGUUUCUUCCCUAUCUCCCGAGCUGAACUGAGUCUACCGGCGGUAUUGAAGUGCGGGCAGACUUUUAGGUGGAAUCGAUCCCAACUGAUCCUCAAAUUACCCUCUACCAGUGACCAACAAACCCAUCAUGGCCAUCAUGAAGACCGAAAACCAGAACCGGAUGAUCUACACCCAAGUCCGAGUGUGGCUCUUCAAGAAUGGAGCAUGGCCUGGAUCGAUCGUACUGUGGUGUUAAGACAAGAUGAUCAAGGCAUUUAUUAUACUGCAUUAUAUAGACCGAGUCACAUCGAAGAAUACGAUAAGGAUUGCAAGCUGAAUACGACUUACGACUUGCUAAAAGCUUACUUCGUCUUGGACGUAUCAUUGGUCAACUUGUAUCACGAUUGGUCUGAACGCGACCCGGUCUUCUCGAAUAAAGUGGCAUCGGGGGAAUGGGAUGGAUUACGUGUCGUUCGGCAAGACAGCUGGGAGACGAUGAUAUCAUUUAUCUGUUCGGCCAACAAUAACAUCCCUCGGAUAUCACUAAUGCUCAACCGACUAUGUGCCACUUUCGGAGAUCCUAUGCCAUGUCCGCCGUUAGGGAUCACCCUUCCCAGCAUGCUCGAACGCCAAAAUGUGGUAGCACACGAUCCCAGCUCCCCUCGGUUGGAAUUCUUUUCGUUUCCAUCUCCAAGACGCUUAUCUCAGCCCGAUGUGAUCGACAAAUUGAAACUACUCGGGUUCGGUUAUCGGGCUAGUUACGUGUACAAAACCUCGAUCAAGCUCUGUGAAAUCGCGUCGGAAGCUCAGAAAGAGAACCGUUGGCCUGGCUUCCUCGAUCCUGAUUGUCAAGAGUCGACUGAUAAGCACAACAAACAGGAGGAGGGGGAGGAAGAAGAAGAAAAACCAGCUCUGCUGAAGAAAUCGAGCUUCGAACCACAAGAUUUUUUGGACUUCCUAGCCUCUCAGAGCUAUGAGCAAGCACACUCCAAACUAGUCAAUCAAUUCCCAGGGGUAGGACCUAAAGUAGGCGACUGCAUCUGUUUAUUCGGGCUAGGAUUUGUCCAUGUCGUCCCAGUCGACAUCCACAUUUACAAGAUCGCCUUGCGCGACUACCAACUGGACCUUAAUUCGUCUACCACCACCAAGAAGAAUCCUGCCAACCGCGACCGAUCGGUAGGUGCGAAAAACAAGAAAGAAAGUGAGCUCGACCGAUCAUCAUCAGUAAGAACGAAGCCUUCACCAUCACCAUCAUCAUCUAAGGCCUCUCCCAGCAAAAAGAAGAAGAAAAAGAGCCUUGAUCUGCCUUCUCAAGUCCCAUCCAAUCUCUCCCCGUCUAACAAGCGUAAAUCUUCAAAUCCAACCUCUUCUGCUCCACCCGCUCUCACCCGACCGAACUACCUCAAAAUCCAACAGUUUUUCGUCUCCACUUGGGGCCCGUGGGCUGGUUGGGCCCAACAGAUCCUCUUCUUGGCUGACUUAACUAAGGCUCCUACUUAGACAGAUCAUUCAUCAACUUUGCUCACAUCUCAUAGAAAUAUUGUUGCGUGUUUAUUGUUAUCUUAUAAGAAACUAUUUUCAUACUUAGAUUACAAGAGAUGAUCAUUGUGUGGAAAUAGCUUUAUUCCUGUAAUGUAUCUUCCUUUUUUCUUUUCUGUCUCCUUCAAUCCACUUUUCAAAGGACUUCACAAUUAGGGGGUUCUUCUUUUGUAUGUUAUCAAUCAUUAAUGUGGCUGAUGUCAUGUGUGUGACAAACACAUUGAUUCUUCACUGAUUAUCAAUAAAGUCCUAUAAUCUGUU